GUGAUUUUCUGGAACCUUCCCGCGCAUACCUCACGUGACCUAGCACGUGACUUUCUGGAUUCCUCCGGGGCACAAGAAUCUUCGGGAACAUUCUGGAACCUUCCCGCGCAUACCUCACGUGACUUAUCACGUGACUUUCUGGACCCCCACCGGAGCACAAGGGUUGGCAAUAUCUUCGAUUGGCAAUAUAGUAGUUUGGCAAUAGUUUACCUGUACUUUACGUGAAAAGUCACGUGACUCACGUGACCUAAAAUUAAUGAUCUGAUUGACCGAAACCCUGUGGAAAAUCGUAUAAAAGGCCAUGCAGAGGUCAAGGUAAUCACUCGCCAGCUCAAGACCUUGAAAAUGUCUCGAAUGCUUUCAACUCGCCGCUCCCGGAAGCCGAGGAAUUCCCCAGGAGUCCGUGCCUUGUCUUUCGACGAGGAGACAGUGGACGAUCCCCAACCGUCCACUUCCAGAGGAUAUCCUCGCUUGCGGAAUGCCAUAGACCCGCUCCUCUAUCUGUACUCAUCCGCCGACGAAGUCGAUGAUGAGGGCUCAGAUGAGGACUACACACCUCCUCUAAAAUUCUCAAGGACAAGUAAUCUCUCUGAACUCGGAUGUAGAUUUAGACUAUGUCCCGCUGGUGGAUACCUCCUUGGACUCGGACGAGCCCCUCGCGGAAUACGCCAGACGAAAGUGGGAGCGCAACGCUCCUGGAACCCCUUUUUUUGCUUGGGCAAAGGAGGAGAACUUCGUCAGGCGUCACUGCUUCGAGGGGACACCGGUGUGCACGCACACCUUGACGAAUCGUCCGACCCGAUGGAGAUAUUCAGCAGCCUCUUCCCAGAGGAGUUGUUUCAAACAAUUGUGGACGAGACGAAUCAGUACGCUCGACAGAACCCGCGAACCCCUUCAUCCCACAUGAAGGGGUGGGAGGACACAACGGUGCGGGAGGUCCGCUCAUAUGUCGGCCUUAGGUUCCUCAUGGGACUUCAUGGGAAGAGGUGCCAGAGGGACCUUUGGUCGACGGACCCGCUGAUGUGCUCGUCGGUGUUCGCCAAGACCAUGUCCAGGGACUGCUUCGACAUCCUUACCUCCGCCCUCCACUUCGCUAACAACGAAGGGGAGCACAGCGCGGAGGACCGGUUGUGGAAGCUGCGCCCUGUGAUUGACGUCUUGGACUCGACGUACCGUUCCGUCUUCGUCCCCAGAAAGAACGUGACCGUCGACGAGAGCUUGUGGGCCUUCAAGGGGAGGCAUCAGGCCCUUCAGUACAACCCUAGUAAGAGGGCUAGGAGGGGCCUGAAGGUCUACAAGCUGUGUUCGUCCGACGGUCCAGAGGCAGGGUAUACGGCGGCCUUCAAUAUUUACAUGGGGCAGGAUUGCGGCGAGUUUCCGGCGAGUAUGAAGGCCGUCGACGACCUGAUGGAGAAGGCAAAGCUGCUCGGCAAGGGGUAUCAGUUGUACACAGACAACUGGUAUUCCCUCCCCGACUCUCUUCCACUAUCUGCAGGCCCGGAAGACCACCGCCGUUGGCACAGUACGUGUCAACAGGAAGGGUAUGCCCUCGGACCUGCAGGCGAGUCGGGGACACAUCGACUUCCGGAGUAG